AUGCUCUCACCAACUAUCAGAGCUAUCGUUGCCGAAAGCACAAAGCAAGCAAAAGCAACUUCCAUAUUGAAGAGCUACUUCAAUGUCAACUAUAACACUGAAAUUUUUAGGAUGACCACUGCCAAAUGCGUCAAAAUUAGGAUAUUUAAAAAUUUGCCUUCAAAGCAAACAAAAAAUCAACAGCCCAUCAAACAAGAAAGAACUGUAAGUUCCACAAGCCACUCAUCAAGGCUCUGGUAUGAGAUGUCCAAAAAUCGCUACUGA